AUGGCGGCUUCUACUAAAGCCCCAGCAUAUUCAAGUGAUGACAAUGUCAAGACAUACAACCGUGCUGCACAUUUGAGCCUCACAGAUCCAGAAAUCAGGAUCCACUAUGUCGAAACACGACCAGGCACCAAAAAGAUCAAGAAAGGCACGAUUCUUCUGAUUCACGGCUUUCCAGAGACAUCAUACCAAUUCCGACAUGUCAUGGCUCCGCUCGCCGAGGCAGGGUACCAUGUCAUUGCGCCUGACAAAACAGGACACGGGUUGAGCAGCAAACCGAUUGGAAAUGUCCAUCAGCAAGACCCCUUCACCAAGAAGUCGCUCGCCAAAGAUCUUCAUCGGCUUUUGACAGAGCACAUUGGAAUCCACGACAAGAUUCAUGUGGUAGGGCACGACAUCGGCGGCAUGGUCGCGCAUGCAUACGCGUGCCAGUUUCCGGACCACGUCGCUAGCGUGACAUGGGGCGAGUGCCCGCUCCCUGGCUCCAAGUUCUACGAGGAGGAGAAGCACUCGCGCGCAUUGUGGCACUUUGACUUCCAAAGCCACCAGCCAGACAUUGCAGUUGCUCUUGUACAGGGAAAGGAGAGGAUAUACCUGAAGCACUUUUACGACCGUCUGACGCAGAACCAGGCGGCGUUCACACCAGAAGUCGUGGACUUUUAUGUCCAGCAGUUCAGCGCCCCUGAUGCCCUGCGUUGUGCCUUCCUCACAUACCGUGCUUUCGAGAUCGAUGCCGAGCAGAAUAGGAAAUGGCGGGAGGAGAAGGGAAGGCUGAAAUUGAAGAAUAUGGUACUAUCGGGGGGUGAAAGCCUGCUUGCGCCCGCAGCUGAAGACAUGGCUAAGGAAUUCUAUGAAGAUGUCCAUGUUGGCUUGGUGCCUGAUUCUGGUCAUUAUCUCGCAGAAGAAAAUCCUGAAGGGUUUGUCUCUGAACUAUUGAGAUUCAUUGAGGCAAGGUAG